GUUCAAAUUUCUAUUUAAAAGCGGAUUUAUUUUUACUUUUUUCCUUUCCCAGUUUUUGAUAUCUUGUUUGUUAGAUAGGGAUAGAGUUUCUACCAUGGAAACCCUUUCAAGCUCUGUAUUAUCGUCAAAAAUUCCAGAAACAAACAUAUGUCCAGAUUCUCACCUGCCUCAAUUUAUGAUCAAACCAUGGAAUAAUCGAACUGGGUCUUUGAAAAUCAAUAAAAGUUUGAAUCUUUCUUCAUGGGUAAGAAAUUCUGAAAGGGCUGGGAUUUCUGGGUCAUCAAUGAUUGUGGCUGUUUCUAAAGAAGUUUCAGGUGAAAAUGAUAAGAACUCAGAAUCUGAUGAUGGGAAUGGUUUAGUCUUUGAAGAUAUUCUUGAUGUUGCUCAGGGUAAUACCAAUCCAACGCCAAGUCCUAAGAAGAGUUUUGAUGAUUCUUUGAAGAAUGUAUCAACAUCUGCCCCAUCAGGAAGUGGAAUUGGAGGAGGCACCAGGGCAGGGCUGUUCAGAACACCAAUCUCUGGUGGAGUUCAAAGUGCAACUUCGGCCCAUGGUUUACCAAGACCAGCAUUGGCUGUUCGCAAUUUGAUGGAACAGGCCCGCUUUGCUCAUUUGUGUACUGUCAUGUCUCGUAUGCAUCACCGGAGGGAAGGAUAUCCAUUUGGUUCGUUGGUGGAUUUUGCCCCCGAUUCCAUAGGACAUCCAAUUUUCUCUUUUUCUCCAUUGGCUAUCCACACGAGAAAUUUGUCGGCUGAUCCGCGAUGUACACUUGUAGUACAGAUACCGGGAUGGAGUGGCUUAUCCAAUGCAAGAGUGACACUUUUUGGUGAUGUCGUCCCGCUUCCUGAAGAUCAACAGGAAUGGGCGCAUAAACAAUACAUUAAAAAACAUCAACAAGGCCCUUCACAACAGUGGGGAAACUUCUAUUACUUCAGGAUGCAAAACAUAAGUGAUAUCUAUUUCAUUGGUGGCUUCGGUACGGUUGCUUGGGUCGAUGUUAAAGAAUACGAAAAUCUGAAUCCAGACAAGAUUGCUCUUGAAGGAGGCGAACAAUAUUUGAAGGAACUCAAUGCCAUCUUCUCGAAGCCUUUGAAAAAGAUUUUGUCGACUGAAAUUGAGGUAGAUGAUGCCGCUCUCAUUUCUUUGGACAGCAGAGGAACUGAUGUUCGAGUUCGUCAUGGGGCACAGUUCAACAUACAGAGGAUAUCGUUUGAGGAAGGACAUUCUGUCGAGACUCUGGAGCAAGCUAAAUCUGCUCUCCAGAAUUUAAUAAACAAAGGCAAGGUGCGAAAUAUUCAGAUAUGAAGGUACGUGAUUGCUGCGAGAUUGAAAGAUUAUAUGCAGCGAAACCCCCAUAACCAUGUAUAUUGAAGGAGUUAGGAUCUUGUUGCGUUUAACUAGAAAUGCGGGCAUAAAACCUUCACCCGUAGAUAACAUAAGGCGUUCUGCUACGCUUUUUUCGCUGUACCUCAUUCAUACAAAGUAGUUCCAUUAAAUAGGGUAGAAUUGAGGGAAAUCGAAGCUUUUUUUCUCCAAAAUAAUGUCCACUUUGUUUACAAUAAUUGAACAUGAUUUUUUUUUCUUCCCAAUAUAUUGCCUAAUGCCUACAUAGGCUGGACACAAUCGAAGCUGGUUUUUGAAUAGUAAAGUAGACCUGUGGGGCUUGUUGAAGUUUCUGAUCCAAUCCUUUAAUAUGAGGGCUUUAAAUGGGCUGGAAUCUAAACGGGUCCUCUAUCAACUUCAAUGAAACGGGCAAAGGAUUCAAUUAGAAUUUUCUUCCUCUAUUGAUUGUUCAAAAAUUGUUGUAUGAGACGGUUUCACUGAGAGAUUAACUUUAUACUUGGAUUAAAUAGCCCAUCUAAUACAUAUUAUAAUAUGGACUUCUUAUAUGAGAUCAUGUCAACAAGAGACGGUGCCUCAUAAGAGUAGCUCUUGGUUGUUAUGGUGAUUACGUUGGUCUUGCCUUCAUGGAUCGCUCGUCUUAAAAAUUGCUAUGGUCUACCUAGUAGCUUAUAACAUGCUUUUAUGGGUAGAACUUUACACCAUUUUUCAUGACAAUAAUUACCAAUAAGGCAAUAACAAAUGAAACCAAAGCGUCUAUUUUGACAUGCAUGUUUGUGCCAUAUUGUAAAUGGGUGGGUGUUGGGAUAUUGCCAUAUUGGAAAUAGAUUGAGAUUUUGAAGAGGUUACAAUUGUUCAACUUCAUGGUAAGUAGUGUACCGUGGGGCAUAAGGUUUACUCUAUGUGCAAUGAGUUUUGAAAGACCUUUUGUAAAUCUAGCAAUUCUAACAACAUUUUUUUCUUGCAAGUCACAAAUCAAGCUUAGCUUUUCGAAAUCUUGCACAUAAGAAUCAAAAAAUAGAUCAUUUUGAAGGUGAGUCGAUGACUCGUGAGCUUAACGUAUCGGUCUUGUUCAUGCGAUUUACAAGUCCACCUUUUCUCCAUUUUCUUCUAUGUGUACACAUGAAGUAAUCUUGCUCUUACCUUACUUAGCCUUUAGAUUGUCAUACCAAUUGAUGUCAACUUUGAUGAUACCAUCUUGCAACUUCUUUCAUCAACAAAACCUUUAUACUCAAAGAUGCUUUUAAUUCUUCUAAACCAAUCUAGGAAGAUAUUAGGUCACUAUUCCCAUCACACCUCACAUGAUUAAGCUUGAAGGUUCUAUUUUCAUCUACUUUGAGUGAAUGGUUCCCUUUAAGCUUGCAGGUCUUUCUUGAGUUGAGAGACUCUUUGGUCGCAUUCUUUUUUAUAGGUAUGAUUUGUUGUGUCUUCAGACUUAAAUCAUAGUUUUUAUGAAUAGGAUACAUUAAAUAUGAUGAUAAUGGUGGUUCCCAUUAUCAUUUAACUCCAAUUUCAUAAUUUUUUUUGCCUACCCAAAGUAAUGCUUACAAAUGAAACUUACAUGAUUUAUUUAUGGACAUGGACUAGUAACAAGGACUAUACGUCCAGUUCUUUGACUUUGUAGCUCCUAACUUAUGACCAUUAUAAGUUUCAUACUUAAAUACCUAAACAAAACCCAUGAUGGAGUGCACUUUUAGUGGCCAAUGUUUAAUCAUAACUUGUUGUAUGAGACGGUUUUUUCAAAAGAUGAGUCUUAUACAUAGGUUAAACCGAGAGAUGAGUCUUAUACAUAGGUUAAAUAGCAUAUCUCAUAUAUGUAAUAAAAAUAAUAGCUCCUUGUUUGAGGUCGUCUUAUCGAGAGACGAUCUCUCACAAGAGUAACUCAUGUAUAUCUGCUAUAAAUUAACAGCCACAAAAGCAUCUUUUUCAUAUAAAUGAAAACAAAAGGGGUAUUUCCCAAUCAUAAAAGUUAUAUAGAAUUUUGAGGAGGGUUGGAUGACGGUUGGCCAGCCCUCAUCAAAGGAUAUAAGUCGAUAACGACUAUCGAAGACCUCAACUCAAGAAUGACUUGUAAAUAAAAACAAAUAGCCUAAUACACAUGAUAAGCAAGAUAAAUAGAAACAUGUCUUAGUUAAUUUGAAGUUUGGUUAAGGGAUUGCACAAUUAAUUUACCAAAGGAAGGAUUGGUAAGGUUUAAGGAGGUUACUUUCAAAGGUACUCAAAUAUUGAUGUAUAGUUGUCUUUGUUAAAAAUAAUGCAUUAUUUAUGGCGUAGUUGGGAGUGACAAAAGACAAUAUGCGUGAACCAAUCGACACAAGAAGAAAUGGUGAUAAUGAUAACUUAGACAAUGAAACUAUCACCAUAAUGUGUGUUCUAGAAUCUACUCAUCCUUGUAUGGUCCCCUUUUUAGUGCAAUGUAAUUUUCUAAUUUACUAUCUCUAAUUUAAAUCUAGCCUUUUCCAAUACAAUUGUGGGAAUGAAUU